UCUGUUUUCAGAUUUGGAUAUUAGUCAUGAAAAAAGAGCUCGAGAAUGUGUCAUCCGUUUUCUUUUAGCUGCUAUAGUUCUCGAGAUCUCCUCAGUAGACAACGAAUUUUGCCCACCCUGUACGCCUUACUCUAUCUCGGAUCAGAGUAUGUAGGUACAGUUACUCUCGGGACCUUACACUUUGUCAACUGAAAAUCUUUGAAGGAAGUCGAUAUCAACCUCCCAUAGAAUUAAUAUUCUUAUGCGACUCAAUAAAAAUAUAUCAAUUAAAGGAAUCAACGUCUUCGCUUUUAUCUGGAAAUUUCAAGGGAAUUCCUUGUUCCCACUCCAUCUCCAGAGAAACACCCCAGGAAGGACGUCGAGAUGAAAAUCAAUAUCCAGAGAUGUGUUCGUGGGUUGCGUACCGGACAUUUCCACAGUAGCGAGCAUUCAUGCACAGAAAUGUAGUGCCUAAUCGCGCGAAUUAUUUGUAGUAGUGCUAGUAGUGAAGUGCUUAUCAAAUAUGUUUAGUUCCCAUAAUAAUAUUCUGUUCAAGGCCAUCAUCUUAGCCCUGUGUGUGAUAUCUUCAGUGCACAUAUUUCUUUUUCCAUUAUAUGGGUUAGAUACGCAACAGAGCACCGUUAAAACCCUCCAAGCUUUGGAGCAGUCGUUGUGUUUGAACAAUAUAAGACAUCACAAAACCUGGAAAAAAGCUAAAUGCCCUAGUUACGGUAUAGUAACUGUAAUGCAGGGAGGCCGUAUUGGCAAUCAGAUCUGGGAAUAUGCUUCCGUUUGGGCACUCGCGAGAAGAACAGGAUUGGAACCCUACAUCCCACGUUGCAUUAAGUUGAAAUUAGAACAAGUUUUUCACGCUUUAUCAUUGCCAACAUUCGAAGAGAUAGCUCAUUGUCCAUUCGAAAUGAACACCUUCGUCAGAUCAUUGGAUGAGUGGAACUACACCAACCAAAGUAUUAUUUUGCCAAAAUAUAUCAUUCACUACGAACUGGUAUUGCCAUGGGUCCAAGACAUCAAACAAGAGUUCGCCAUCAAGAAAAAACUCCUCAAUAAAGCUCAGAACAUCUUGCGUAUAGCUUCGAAACACAAAACCAAUUCUACCUUUGUUGGUGUACAUAUUAGAAGAACUGAUUACAAGAAUUUCCUGAUCGUUAAGCAUGGUAUCAAACCUGCGGACAAAAGUUUUUACAAUUCCGCGAUGCAAUAUUUCGAGGAAAAGUAUCGUAGAGUAGUUUUUGUUGUUGUAAGUGACGAUCCAAAGUGGUGUGUGAAGAAUUUUUCGCAUAGGAAGAACCUGUAUGUAACAGGUAGCUUUCAUCCGAAUUCGCCUGCUCUGGACUUGGCCAUUCUCAGCUCAUGUAACCAUUCCAUCUUCGACUAUGGCACCUACGGUGAAUGGGGUGCAAUCUUAGCUGGUGGUGAGACACUGUAUUAUAGUGUAGUUAAGAAUCAUUCCAUUUAUCGGGGUGGACAGUUACUACCAAAUUGGCAUGCCUUAAAUUGAGCCUGAUCAUUAAUAUGGUCGGUUCAGAAAUGAUCUUCGUACAAAUAAUAACCUGAAUAGGUGAAGUAUAUAGAAAAAAGACGAGAACUGAUUUCUUUUAACAGAACAGCAUAUUUUUCUUACAACUGUGUAUACUCACUUCAAACAUCCAAGUAAGAUUUCAAAGAUUUCAUUUCAUUCACUUGUGAAUAAAUGGCAAUAAGUGUGUGAAGAUUUCCAUCAGGUACGAAUGGAAACGAAGAUGAAUAGAAAUACCUUGAAGAAUGAUCUAAAUGAUAGAUACAUAUAUUUUUUCAAUCCUAAAAAUUUUGGAAUAUACUUGCGAGUUAUAAUGUUGAUGAAACCAGAUAAAAUGAUAUGAAUCAAUGAUGAUAUAUUGAUUCAUGACUUAAAUUGAAACUAGCUUUUGGAAAGUGAGGUAUUGAAUGGGUUGAACUCUUUUUGUGUAUAUAGAUAGUGAGUAAAAAGAAACGCACAGAAUACAGGGUGUCCCAAAACUAGUGAAUCAAACGUCACACCACGAUAGAGUAGACCGAAUACCAUUGAAUGUC